AAAAAAAAACUAAUUUAGAUAAAAAAUCCCAAUAUAAAAAAUAUGAUUACAAGCGUAAUAAAAAAAUCUGUAAACAAAUAUUUCUCUUCCUCAUUAUAAGGAGAGCCUAAAUUUUUAGAGAUGGUCCAUUAAUACUUUGAUUAAGCUGCAUCUUACACCCUUAUCCCUAUUGACAAGCUCACAUAUUAUAAAAAAUCCGAUUGUGUUGUUAAAUUUACAAUUCCUUUAGUAAGAGAUGACGGAAAAAUAGAAUCUAUAGAAGCCUAUCGUGCUUAACAUAAAUUACAUAGACUUCCUACUAAGGGUGGUACUCGUUUUUCUACUCACAUUAAUAUCUAAGAAGUCGAAGCGUUGUCUUGUUUGAUGACUUUGAAAUGCGCUGUUGUAAAUCUUCCCUAUGGUGGUGCAAAAGGAGGUAUUGCUUUUAACCCUAAGUUAUAUUCAGCAAGAGAAAUCGAAUCUUUGACAAGAAGAUAUACAUUAGAAUUAGCCAAAAAAGGAUUCAUUGGAGCUGCUAUUGAUGUUCCUGGACCUGAUUUAGGAACUGGUGAACGAGAAAUGUCUUGGAUGAAAGACACUUAUUAAACUUUCUUCGGACAUAAAGAUAUUAACGCUCACGGAUGUGUAACAGGAAAAGCACUCAACUAAGGUGGUAUUCGUGGUAGAACUGAAUCUACAGGAUUAGGAGUAUUCUAUGGUACAAGAGAUCUCCUUAACGAUUAACCAUUAAUGAAAAAAUUCGGAAUUGAACCAGGAAUGAAAGGAAAGACAUUCAUAAUUUAAGGGUUCGGUAAUGUCGGUUAUUGGGCUGCUAAGUUCAUUUCUGAAUACGGUGGUAUAAUAACAGGUAUAGCUGAAUGGGAUGGUUCCAUAUAUAAUUCUAAAGGAAUAAAUAUUUAAGAUUUAUAUGAAUAUAAGCUAUAAAAAGGUGGCAUAAAAGGAUAUCCUCGAGUUGAAGAAUAUUUUGAAAAUGAAGAUGCUAUAUUUAAAGAAUGUGAUGUUUUCAUUCCUGCUGCUUUUGAAUAAACUGUAAAUAAAAACAAUGCUGAUAAAUUCAAAUGUAAAGUUAUUUCUGAAGCAGCUAAUGGCCCAACUACAAUUGCUGCAGAAGAAAUAUUGACAAAAAAAGGAAUUAUUUUCUUCCCUGAUAUCCUUAUAAAUGCAGGUGGUGUUACUGUAAGCUAUUUCGAAUGGUUAAAAAACCUCGAUCACAUGAGACCUGGAAGAUUAACUCGUAAAUGGGAAGAGAAAUCUAAAAUUAAUUUGCUAAACGUUAUAUCUGAUAUUACUGGUUUAAAAUUAAGAGACUUAGAAAAAAAACAUUAAGAAUAAUUAAGAGGAGCAACAGAUAAAGAUAUAGUUUAUAGUGGUUUAGAAGAAGUUAUGUCUGUUGCUGUUUAAGAAACUAAACAUACUUGCUUAGAAUUAGGAUGUUCAUUGAGAAUUGCUACUUAUGUCAAUGCUAUUAACAAAGUACAUGCUCACUUUGAAGUUGCUGGUAUGCCACUUGCUAAAUGA